AUGGCGGACGAACAGCCCCGUACGACGCUGUAUGUGCUCGUGCCUCCGUCGCCACUCUUCGCAGCUCACUGGUCACUGUUCAUACCAGACUCGAAAGGUUACGAUAUGAUCAGCAAACCGCAUGAGGAAUCCACUGUAGGCCGACGAGUUCAUGUAUCUGGUGACAGGCUCAAUGGGUUUGCCUUAGAACUCAUUCGUGAGUACGAUGUGAGCAAACACCGCCGUGUUGGAUCCCGCAUGUUUCCUAUUGGCAGUAUACCUGCCACCCACAUUCAACCAGAUGCAUCGAAGGCCGAGGAAGACACAACUCGACGCGACAGCUGCAAAGACGACGAAGAUGGAGGCGGCCUUGUCGACAAUGAACCACGCGAUGUCUUUGAGCGGACUUGCGUUCAACUCGAAGCUCCAGGCCCAAGUCUGAACAACGUCUCGAACAAUCAAAAGCCAGCAACUGGGAAAAGAUCCCAGAUCGAAGGGCGAGACUGUCAAUGGUGGGUUAGGCAGGUGGUUCAGGAGCUGACGACCGCGGGCAUACUGGAGAGUCUAUUGCAAGCAGACGGCCAGCGAAGCAAGAAUCCCAAUGAGCUGGUUGCUCAACUGCCUGUACACUGA